GCCGCCAAAGGUCAAUUCAAUCAACAUCGUUGUCGCAUAUCACCAUGGCUCUCGUAGGAUACUCAGACAGCGAAGGCUCUGAUUCAGAAACACCAAAUGUCACGCCCGUCCCUGCCGCAUCAAAACCCGCCGCCAAAAAGCCAAACUUCCAAAAACUCGUCGACCCGUCAGCGCCACGCAAGAUCAAAGUCGACCUUCCUACGAUACAACCAGAAGCCGAGGCAGAUGCGCCCCCAGCAAAGAAGGCGCGAACAGCUGGCAAGUUCGGUGGCUUCAACUCGUUCUUGCCCGCACCGAAACGCGCCAACGAUGCGAAGAAAGGCCUCGGAUCUGGUGUCAACCUCAAGACUGGCGCUGAGCCUGCAUUCAGUAGAGAAAGAGUGGAGCCUGAUCCUUCGGCAUUUGCGCCUGCCCCAGCGACAGAGGAUAACAAGGACGAAACAGACACAUCAACAUUACCAGCACCUUUCCAGGAUGAAGCUCCCAAAGAAGUCAAGCCUGUGGGCAACGCUAUGAAAUUCAAGCCUCUCUCAGUCGCGCGGAACAAGAAACCCAUGAAGAAGAAGAUCCUGCCCAAUGCCGCUCCUGCUGCACAAGCGCUCGCCGCGCCGACGAUUGCAGAAGCGCCCAAGGCUCCGGCUCCCAGACCCAAGGUCUCCCUCUUCUCGGUCACUCAAGCAGACACCACACCCUCCUCAGCAGCACCAGCAGCAGACUAUCAACCUCUACUCGCUGAGCCCGAAACUGCCACGACCACAGAACCUUACGACUCAACCACAUACGUUCCCACACCCGCCCCCACCGACCCCAACUCCCUCACCUCCAUCGCCGACGACCUCCAACUCUCCGCCUCCGAGCGCCGCCGCCUCUUCGGUCGCAACGCCGCUUCCGCCUCCGCGAUUAACGUAACACACCUCAACAUGGAUGAAGAAUACAACAAUAAUGAGCAAUUACGCGCAGCAGGACAAGCUGUAGAACAUAGAGCUGUUAAAGCUGUUGCGCCUGGUAAACACUCUUUGCAGCAGUUGGUCAAUUCGGCUAGUACGCAGAAAGAGGCGCUCGAGGAUGCGUGGGCACAGGGAAGGAGGAAUAAAGCUGAGGCUGGAAGUCAUUAUGGUUUCUAGACUGGUUGGCUGUUGAUGUAUAUCUUUACGAAUAACGAACCAUCCCUUAUUUUACAUGUUCUGCUCUCUCGUGCGACCACGAGCAAGUACUAGUACAAGCACAGCA